CGCGAGAAUCCGAGAAUGAGUUUUAUUGUUGUUGUUAUGAAAGAAAAAGUGAUAUAGAAAAUUCAAAGAAUUUAAAAUCCAUAGUUUCGCCAGUCUAUUUUUUAUGUUAUUGCUUUAUACAGUGUAAAUCGAGGUUUAAAUACUUUUUAAAAAAUGUUCCGACCAGGAUCAAUAAAAAAAAUAGAAGUUACAAAUUUUGUGACUUACUCUCAUGCUGAGAUGUAUCUGGGAUCAAAUUUAAAUAUGAUAAUAGGCCCAAAUGGAACUGGAAAAUCAACUAUGGUUGCUGCAAUCAUAUUAGGCCUUGGAGGAACACCAAAAACUGUUGGAAGAGGUAGUAAAGUAUCUGAAUAUGUUAAACAUAAUUGCGAAUUGGCUACCAUACAUUUAUUUUUACAAGAUGAAGAGGAUAAUAAAUCCAUCAAAGUAACCAGAGAAUUUGAUAUUCAUGAUAAAACAACAUGGAAACUCAAUAGCAGGAAAGUUACUACAAGUGAUGUUCUUGAAUAUGUUCGGAAAUUCAAUAUUCAGGUUAACAAUCUUUGUCAAUUUCUACCACAAGAUAGAGUGCAAGAGUUUGCAAAAAUGAACAAACAGGAUCUUCUGAAAGAGACCCAAAAAGCACUUUGCAGAUUUGAUCUAAUUGAGAAACAAGAUGCCCUAAUAGGAAGUAGAGAACAAUUUAACAAGAUGGUAGACUCCAUAUCAAGUUGCCAGAAAAAAAUUCAGGAAUGUCAUGAUUUGAAUUCUAGGUUAGAAGGAAGAGUUCAAAGUUUUAAUAAAAUGAAAGAAUAUACUGAAAAAAUUCAGCAUAUUGAAAGAAAAAUUGCUUGGAGUAUGUAUGAAGGUAUCAGAGGCCAACUUACAGAAGUUAAAAAGGACAGGAAUAAAGCUCAAGAAGUAUAUGAGAAAUAUAGAAAUGAGAUGAAGCCAAUGGAAAAUGGAAUAGGUCAAUCAAAACGUAAAAUAACAGAAUUGCAACAAAAUAAUAACAAAGUAGCGCAAUUGAUUAAAAAUUCUGAAACAUCUAUAAAAAGGAGUUUAGAAAGUAUUGAAUCAAUAAAUGAAUCACUUAAAACACUGAAUGAUGAAAUGGAGACUAAAUUAGCUGAAAUUGAGCAAUGGGAUAUUGAUAUUGAAAAUGCUGCUAACAAGCUAGAAGAAUUAAAAAGAUCACAAAAAGAAAUGAAAACCAAUAGUGAAAGUGAACAAUUAAGACAGACUCUUUUCACUGAAAUGAAUAAUCUCUCAAAAUUGAAAAAUAAACUUCAAGAUAAAAAGGAAGAAAUAUUACAGCGAAAGCAAGAUGAUUCUCUAAACAAACACGGCCUCGAAAACGAAUUACAAAGACUUGAAAAUGUGAAACAAACCCGCCUGCAGUAUCUUCAGAGAACGAAUCCGCAAGCCUAUGAGGCUGUCAUUUGGGUUCGAAGUAAUAAACAUCUUUUCAAAGGAGAAGUUUAUGAACCAAUUAUGCUUGAAUUAAAUAUUUUAGAAACUAAGCAUGCUAAGUAUGUUGAAAAUGUCAUUCCAUUCAGAGACAGACUAGCUUUUACUUGUACCUGCAGAGAAGAUAUGAAUAUGUUAAUUAAGACUUUGAGAGGAGAAAAGAAAUUGGGUAUUAACGUUGUCCAUUCAAGUAAUUCUGAAGGCUCUUCCCAAUUCAGGCCUAACGUAGCCAUUGAAAGUUUAAGAAAAUACGGUUUCUAUACAUAUAUGAAUAAUCUGUUUACAGCUCCAGUACCUAUAAUGAAUUAUCUUUGUCGCACAUACCAGUUGCACAAUAUUCCAUUGGGCGAUGACAAAACUGAUCAAUUUUAUCAAGAAGUACCUAAACAAAUUUCAUUAUUUUUUAGUACAAAAUACAGAUUUAGUGUCAGUAUUUCCAAAUAUUCUGGCCAAAAAAGCGUUAGGCAGGUUGAAGUAAACUCAGAUGGAAGUUUAUCGUUCGCGCUCGAUUUUGUAAGAAUAAACCAAUUAAAAGGGCAAACAGCUGACAUUCAUAAAAGAAUAACGAAUUAUGACACCCAAAAUCAGACCAUAGAUGAACAGCUUGGUGCUCUAGAAAAUAAAAUUUUCGAAAAACGUUCCAAAUUGAAAGAGAUUGUACAACAAGAGCACAACGCUCAGGCGCUAGCAAGGAAAGUAGAAAGUUUGCAAAAUAAGUUGAGCGAAAUGAAAAAGAAGAAAAGCGUUAAUGAUAUCCGAAUGGAGUAUAAGAGAAGGGGAAAGCAACUUAUAAAGUCAAUUCCAGAUAAAUAUAAUGCAAUAAAGAGAGAGAUUUCUAAACUUAUAGAACAAGAAACUAAUAGUGUGAUUCAUUCUAGAAAAAUUGAAGAGGUUCGCAAAAACCUAGCAUUACUUGAGAACGUAAUAAAAGAAAAAAGGGUACAGUGUCAGGAUGCGGAAGAAACAUUAAACCGAGUAAAAGAUAGGUAUAAUGAAAUGAUGGAAGAAGCAAAAAGUUUGCUUCAAAAAGCAAAGAGUCUGUCCAAGGGAUUUACGCCAGCCGACGAAGAUUUUGAACAAUUUCGAGAAGAAUACCAAGCAUUACCUUCAGAAGUGGAUGAAUUGGACGAGAGAAGGCGCCAAUUACAGUCUCGCGUAGCGUGUCUGAAUGUUGCGGACGAUGGAGAAAUGCAAGAGUAUGAAGAUAGGCUCAAACAGAUAGAUAAAUUGACCAAAGAUCUAGACAGACACAAUACCAAUUUAAACAAAGCCACAAUGAAAAUUACGAAAUUGGAGGACGAGUGGUUAGGCCCUCUUAAGGAACUUCUAGCCGAGAUCAGUUUGAAAUUUGCUAGCGCUUUCGAAAAACUCGGUUGCGCCGGCGAAGUAUCUAUUUGUACGGGAGAAAAUGAUAGAGAUUUUUCACAGUACGGCAUCAGUAUUAAGGUAACCUAUAGAAGCGGAGAGCCGUUACAAGAAUUGAAUUCGACUAUUCAGAGCGGAGGAGAAAGAGCGGUCGCGACGGCUGCGUACAUGCUGUCCUUGCAGAAAUUGACGCCUGUACCGUUUAGAUGCGUGGAUGAAAUUAAUCAAGGUAUGGAUGCAACUAACGAAAGAAGAAUUUUUGAAUUAGUGGUAGAGAGUACUUGCCAGGAUUCAACGUCACAGUACAUUUUGAUAACGCCAAAAUUAAUACCACAUUUAGAUUAUUCUCCGAAUAUGUUAAUCCAUAUUGUACACAAUGGACCAUUUGUUGCCCAAGACAAAAAAUGGGGCACUUCAAAAUUAUGUAACCCACACAAUACCCAAAUUCAUUGAUCGUUCAUUAUAUUAUAAGUUUAAAUGCAUUUGUUAAAAACGUUACGAAAAAAAAAUUAAGAUUUACUGAUUUUUUUUAUGUUACCUAUCAUUUUCCAUUCCGAUUUUCUAGCUAUAUAUUUAGAUGCAUAACUUCACAUUUUUUAAUCGUUAUCUCAAAUAGCAUUGUAUUUGGUUUAACUCUCAGUUAAAUUUUAUUGGGCCAGGUAUAUAGAGUAGAUCUGUAAAUAAUUAUAAUAAAAGUACAAAUUGGUAUUUUGGUCCAAUUCGAUGCCUUUUCAUUUGCUUCCGGGAUAUCUGGCAUGCACUUUUAUGGGUUUUUUAAUCGAUUUUUUGUCCAGUCUUCAUUCAGAGGAUAUUUGUGCCAAACGCGAGAGUACUACUCUAGCAAUUGUAGUUUACCCCCUAGAGCGGCAUGUCUUGUUGAGUAAAUAAAUUUAUCUAGAGUAGAGUUUAAAUAUAUACCAAAGAGUAUUAUUUUUAUCAUGUACAUUUGUGUCUUUUUAACUUAAUGAGUUUUAUCAUACUUGUAUUAUUGUUUUACAUUUAGUGAUGUUGACUGUAAUAAAACUCAUUUAUAAAAACACGAUAAAACUUCUUCCGAUUACUUUGUUUUUUUAUUUAUAACUGAUAGUCUCGAGAGUCUGUGACAAAAAAGUGAAAGAGUUUUACCAAG